GCGCCUCUCCGGAGCAUUACGGCAGGGCUCGUCCCCGCUCCGGCCGCGAGCCCGGCGCAGCCUCCCGGGCGGGCAGGGCCUGGCGAGGCCGCGCGGGACGGAGCCGCCGCCGCAGCCAUGGCCGAGCGCCGCGCCUUCGCGCAGAAGAUCAGCAGAACUGUGGCCGCUGAAGUUCGGAAGCAGAUCUCUGGACAGUACAUUGGUUCUCCCCAGAUGCUCAAAAACCUUAAUAUUGUCGGCAAUAUCUCCCACCAUACCACAGUGCCCCUGACCGAAGCAGUGGAUCCCGUGGACCUGGAAGAUUACCUCAUCACUCACCCGGUCGCCGUGGACUCUGGGCCUUUAAGGGAUCUGAUCGAGUUCCCGCCAGAUGAUAUUGAAGUUGUUUAUAGUCCCAGGGACUGCAGAACCCUCGUCUCAGCUGUCCCCGAAGAAAGUGAAAUGGAUCCCCAUGUUAGAGAUUGUAUAAGAAGUUAUACAGAAGAUUGGGCAAUUGUAACCAGAAAGUAUCAUAAACUUGGGACAGGAUUCAAUCCCAACACACUAGACAAACAAAAGGAACGGCAGAAAGGUUUGCCCAAGCAGAUCUUUGAAUCCGAUGAAGCUCCAGACGGCAACAGCUACCAGGACGAGCAAGAUGAUCUGAAAAGACGGUCAAUGUCCAUAGACGAUACCCCACGGGGUAGCUGGGCCUGCAGCAUUUUUGACUUGAAAAAUUCACUUCCCGAUCCUUUGCUUCCCAACUUACUCGACCGGACUCCCAAUGAAGAAAUCGACCACCAGAACGACGACCAAAGGAAAGCGAAUCGCCACAAGGAACUCUUCGCUCUCCACCCAUCCCCCGAUGAGGAAGAACCGAUAGAACGGCUUAGUGUCCCUGACGUACCCAAGGAACACUUUGGUCAAAGACUUCUUGUAAAAUGCUUGUCACUCAAGUUUGAGAUUGAAAUUGAACCCAUUUUUGCAAGUUUGGCUUUGUAUGAUGUUAAGGAAAAGAAAAAGAUUUCAGAAAACUUUUAUUUUGACCUGAACUCGGAGCAGAUGAAAGGCCUGCUGCGCCCGCACGUGCCCCCUGCGGCCAUCACCACCCUAGCGAGAUCGGCGAUCUUUUCUAUCACUUACCCUUCCCAGGACGUGUUUCUGGUGAUAAAGCUCGAGAAAGUUCUCCAGCAAGGAGAUAUCGGAGAAUGUGCAGAACCAUACAUGAUUUUUAAAGAAGCCGAUGCCACCAAGAAUAAGGAGAAGCUGGAGAAGCUGAAAAGUCAAGCUGACCAGUUUUGCCAGAGGCUGGGGAAGUACCGCAUGCCUUUUGCUUGGACGGCCAUCCACUUAAUGAACAUUGUUAGCAGCGCCGGCAGUUUGGAAAGAGACUCCACAGAGGUAGAAAUAAGCACUGGAGAGCGCAAAGGGUCUUGGUCCGAGAGGAGAAAUUCGAGCAUCGUGGGCCGGCGGUCGCUGGAGAGAACCACCAGCGGUGAUGAGGCGUGUAACCUGGCAAGCUUCCGGCCUGCUACUCUCACAGUCACCAAUUUUUUUAAGCAGGAAGGAGACCGCUUAAGUGAUGAGGAUCUCUACAAAUUUCUUGCUGACAUGAGAAGACCAUCUUCUGUUUUACGACGUUUAAGACCUAUUACAGCUCAGCUGAAGAUAGACAUUUCGCCUGCUCCGGAAAAUCCCCACUACUGCCUCACUCCGGAGCUCCUCCAAGUGAAACUCUACCCGGACAGCAGGGUCAGGCCCACCCGAGAAAUCCUGGAGUUUCCCGCCCGGGAUGUGUACGUCCCCAACACCACCUACAGAAAUCUUCUCUACAUCUACCCGCAAAGUCUUAAUUUUGCCAAUCGCCAAGGUUCUGCCAGAAAUAUAACCGUGAAGGUCCAGUUUAUGUAUGGGGAGGACCCGAGUAAUGCUAUGCCGGUAAUCUUUGGUAAAUCUAGCUGUUCAGAAUUUUCAAAGGAAGCCUAUACAGCCGUAGUAUAUCAUAACAGGUCUCCUGAUUUUCAUGAAGAAAUCAAGGUUAAACUCCCUGCUACUCUAACUGACCACCAUCACUUGCUUUUUACUUUCUAUCAUGUUAGUUGUCAACAAAAACAAAAUACCCCUCUUGAAACUCCAGUUGGUUAUACAUGGAUCCCAAUGCUUCAGAAUGGAAGAUUGAAGACGGGCCAGUUCUGCCUGCCCGUUUCCCUGGAGAAGCCGCCUCAGGCUUACUCGGUCCUGUCCCCCGAGGUUCCGCUUCCUGGCAUGAAAUGGGUAGAUAAUCACAAAGGCGUUUUUAAUGUGGAAGUUGCUGCUGUUUCUUCUAUCCAUACACAAGACCCGUAUCUCGACAAGUUCUUUGCCCUGGUCAAUGCCCUGGACGAACACAUGUUCCCGGUCCGGAUCGGAGACAUGCGCAUCAUGGAGAAUAACCUGGAGAACGAGCUGAAGAGCAGUAUUUCCGCCCUGAGCUCGUCCCAGCUGGAACCGGUGGUUCGAUUCCUUCACCUUCUGCUUGAUAAGCUGAUACUCUUAGUCGUCCGACCUCCUGUCAUUGCUGGGCAAAUUGUGAACCUAGGUCAAGCCUCCUUUGAAGCCAUGGCAUCGAUUAUCAAUCGACUUCACAAGAACCUGGACGGCAGCCAAGACCAGCACGGCCGGAACAGCCUCCUCGCCUCGUACAUCUACUACGUGUUCCGCCUGCCCAACACUUACCCGAACUCUCCGUCACCAGGGCCCGGGGGCCUGGGCGGGUCCGUGCAUUAUGCCACAAUGGCCAGAUCUGCUGUGCGACCUGCCAGCCUUAACCUCAGCCGUUCCCGGAGCCUCAGUAACAGCAACCCUGACAUUUCCGGGACUCCCACGUCCCCCGACGAUGAGGUCCGCUCAAUCAUCGGCAGCAAGGGUUUAGAUCGCUCCAAUUCCUGGGUUAACACUGGUGGUCCCAAAGCGGCCCCCUGGGGAUCCAACCCCGGUCCAGGCACAGAAUCAACACAGGCUGUGGAUCGAAGUUGUAAUCGUAUGUCUUCGCACACUGAGACGUCAAGUUUCUUGCAAACAUUAACGGGACGCUUACCAACUAAAAAGCUGUUCCACGAGGAGCUGGCGCUGCAGUGGGUCGUGUGCAGCGGCAGCGUGCGGGAGGCGGCGCUGCAGCAGGCCUGGUUCUUCUUCGAGCUGAUGGUGAAGAGCAUGGUGCAUCAUUUAUAUUUCAAUGAUAAACUCGAUACCCCGCGGAAGAACCGUUUUCCAGAACGCUUCAUGGAUGACAUUGCGGCGCUGGUCAGCACCAUCGCUAGUGACAUCGUGUCCCGGUUUCAGAAGGACACAGAAAUGGUCGAGAGGCUCAACACAAGUCUUGCCUUCUUUCUCAAUGACCUGUUGUCUGUGAUGGACAGAGGAUUUGUCUUUACCCUGAUAAAGACCUGCUAUAAACAGGUCUCCUCAAAGCUCUACUCGUUGCCAAACCCUAGCGUCCUGGUGUCUCUGAGGCUGGAUUUCCUGCGGAUCGUCUGCAGCCACGAGCACUACGUCACCUUGAACCUGCCCUGCAGCCUCCUGACUCCCCCUGCCUCGCCCUCCCCUUCUGUGUCCUCGGCCACGUCUCAGAGCUCUGGGUUUUCCACAAACGUGCAAGACCAGAAGAUCGCCAACAUGUUUGAGCUGUCGGUGCCUUUCCGCCAGCAGCAUUACCUGGCCGGCCUCGUCCUGACGGAGCUGGCCGUCAUCCUGGACCCCGACGCGGAAGGACUGUUUGGAUUGCACAAGAAAGUCAUCAACAUGGUACACAACUUGCUGUCCAGCCACGACUCGGACCCCCGGUACUCGGACCCGCAGACCAAGGCGCGGGUGGCCAUGCUCUACCUGCCGCUCAUCGGCAUCGUCAUGGAGACCGUCCCGCAGCUGUACGACUUCACAGAAACCCACAAUCAGCGAGGAAGGCCCAUCUGCACAGCCCCCGAUGAUUACGAGAACGAGAGUGGAAGCAUGAUCAGCCAGACCGUCGCCAUGGCCAUUGCGGGGACCUCGGUCCCCCAGCUCACACGACCCGGCAGCUUCCUGCUCACAUCCACGAGUGGCCGGCAGCACUCGGCCUUCUCGGCGGAGUCCAGCCGGAGCCUCCUCAUCUGCCUCCUGUGGGUGCUGAGGAACGCGGACGAGACGGUGCUCCAGAAGUGGUUCACGGAUCUCUCGGUGCUCCAGCUGAACCGGCUCCUGGACCUGCUGUAUCUCUGCGUGUCCUGCUUUGAGUACAAGGGGAAGAAAGUGUUCGAGCGGAUGAACAGUCUGACCUUUAAGAAAUCGAAGGACAUGAGAGCCAAGCUUGAGGAAGCGAUUCUCGGGAGCAUCGGGGCCCGGCAGGAGAUGGUGCGGCGGAGCCGCGGGCAGCUCGAGAGAAGCCCCUCCGGAAGUGCCUUUGGAAGUCAGGAGAACCUGAGGUGGCGGAAGGACAUGACUCACUGGCGCCAAAACACGGAGAAACUCGACAAGUCAAGAGCAGAGAUCGAGCACGAGGCCCUGAUUGACGGGAAUCUGGCGACUGAAGCAAACCUCAUCAUCUUGGACACAUUAGAGAUCAUCGUCCAGACCGUUUCGGUGACGGAGUCCAAGGAGAGCAUCCUGGGCGGGGUGCUGAAGGUGCUGCUGCACAGCCUCGCCUGCAACCAGAGCGCCCUCUACCUGCAGCACUGCUUCGCCACCCAGCGGGCCCUGGUCUCCAAGUUCCCGGAGCUGCUGUUCGAGGAGGAGACGGAGCAGUGUGCGGACCUGUGCCUGCGGCUGCUCCGCCACUGCAGCAGCAGCGUGGGCACCAUCCGCGCCCACGCCAGCGCCUCGCUCUACCUGCUCAUGAGACAGAACUUCGAGAUCGGCAACAAUUUCGCCCGAGUCAAGAUGCAGGUCACCAUGUCGCUGUCUUCCUUGGUCGGCACAUCCCAGAACUUCAACGAAGAGUUCCUCCGGCGCUCGCUGAAGACGAUCCUCACGUACGCCGAGGAGGACCUGGAGCUGCGGGAAACCACCUUCCCCGACCAGGUCCAAGAUUUGGUUUUCAAUCUCCACAUGAUCCUCUCUGACACUGUGAAGAUGAAAGAGCACCAGGAGGACCCCGAGAUGCUGAUCGAUCUGAUGUACAGAAUCGCCAAGGGCUACCAGACGUCGCCGGACCUGCGGCUGACGUGGCUGCAGAACAUGGCGGGCAAACACUCGGAGCGCAGCAACCACGCCGAGGCCGCGCAGUGCCUGGUGCACUCCGCCGCGCUGGUGGCCGAGUACCUGAGCAUGCUGGAGGACCGCAAGUACCUGCCCGUGGGCUGCGUCACCUUCCAGAAUAUUUCAUCUAAUGUUCUAGAAGAGUCCGCGGUCUCCGACGACGUGGUGUCUCCAGAUGAAGAGGGUAUCUGCUCUGGAAAGUACUUCACCGAGUCCGGACUCGUGGGGUUGCUGGAGCAGGCCGCCGCGUCCUUCUCUAUGGCCGGCAUGUACGAAGCCGUGAACGAGGUUUACAAAGUCCUCAUUCCUAUCCACGAAGCCAACCGGGACGCCAAGAAGCUGUCCACCAUUCACGGUAAACUCCAGGAGGCGUUCAGCAAAAUUGUCCAUCAGAGUACUGGCUGGGAGCGGAUGUUUGGCACUUAUUUUCGUGUUGGUUUUUAUGGAACCAAGUUUGGAGAUUUGGAUGAACAAGAAUUUGUUUAUAAGGAACCUGCAAUAACCAAACUGGCAGAGAUAUCUCACAGAUUGGAGGGCUUUUACGGAGAGAGAUUUGGAGAGGACGUGGUUGAAGUCAUCAAGGAUUCCAACCCAGUGGACAAGUGCAAAUUAGACCCCAACAAGGCCUACAUCCAGAUCACCUACGUGGAGCCCUACUUCGACACGUACGAGAUGAAGGACAGAAUCACGUACUUCGACAAGAACUACAACCUCCGCCGCUUCAUGUACUGCACGCCCUUCACGCUGGACGGCCGCGCCCACGGGGAGCUGCACGAGCAGUUCAAGCGCAAGACCAUCCUGACCACGUCGCACGCCUUCCCCUACAUCAAGACCAGAGUCAACGUCACCCACAAGGAGGAGAUCAUCUUAACGCCCAUUGAGGUGGCCAUCGAAGACAUGCAGAAAAAGACGCAGGAGUUGGCCUUCGCCACCCACCAGGACCCAGCAGACCCCAAGAUGCUGCAGAUGGUUCUCCAGGGCUCAGUGGGCACGACCGUGAACCAGGGGCCUUUGGAAGUUGCCCAAGUGUUUCUUUCGGAAAUUCCCAGCGAUCCCAAGCUCUUCAGACAUCACAACAAGCUGCGACUCUGCUUCAAAGAUUUCACUAAAAGGUGCGAGGAUGCCUUGAGGAAAAAUAAGAGCUUGAUCGGACCCGAUCAAAAGGAGUAUCAGAGGGAGCUGGAGAGAAACUACCACCGGCUCAAAGAGGCCCUGCAGCCACUCAUUAACAGGAAGAUCCCCCAGCUGUACAAGGCCGCACACCCCAUCACCUGCCACAGAGAUUCCUUCAGCCGAAUGAGCCUACGCAAAAUGGACCUUUAAAAGCACUUGUUCUCUUCGUUUGAAAAGAGCCAUGUAUUCAGAGUGUGAAGUUAAGAUCUGCUGAAAACUAGACUUGGGACUGAUUUCUGGGGAGUGUAGCACUAAUAUAGUCACUGAAGAAGGCAGAGGCCGAAACUGUCCACACAUAGCGUGUUGACGUGAGAAUCAUGGCUGUGGUUUCAAAAGUGCUGGUAUAUGCUGUGCUUUUUUUAAGACACAAUGACUCAAAGGUACACUAUACAUUUACCUUAUUUAUAACAUAGCUAAUGUUAUUUACCUUAAGUUUGUAUUUUUUAAUUUAUAUCAUUUAUAGAAUCAUUUUGGAACCAUUUUAAAUGUAGUAAUGCAGUUAUUUUAAAGGUACUAUUAAAUAUGUGGACGUUUACACUAA